CUUGGCAAAUUGGAAGUUGAUUUGUGAAUUUGGGCAUUUUGCUUGUGCUACUGUAGUUGUUUGGCUUAUGAGGUAAUGCUGCAAUAAUUUUCGAGAUAUCCUCAUCUAUGCUUGACUCUAAUUGUAAUCCCAAUUGAAGCAUGGAAUUCUAGAAAUCGCCCAACCAUUUUACACCAGAGAGCUCAAGUCCAAACUUCCUUAUUGAAACAUUCUUCAAUUGCUAACAAAGUUCCCCAAAUUUCAUCAUCAUUAAUCGGAACCAGAUGCUUCUUCUCUCCAGAUGUUUCUUAACGUCGGCGGCGGCGUGCUUCUUCUCUUCCUUUGGCGCCAUUAAUGAGAAAUUAAGAGUUGUAGGCACCGCAACUGGAAGUUACAGGUAUUGCUGGAGAAGAAACGAGGAGUGAGAAAAUUAAAAGAAGCCUAGCAAGUGAAACGAAGCGUUUUGGACCCCAACAAAUUAUUUGGCGCUAAAAACUCUUUCACACUUCACACUAGAGAGCUCUAACUCUAAACUCCAAGAAGAGGGAUAGAAAUGGAGGACGACGAUCAGUCGACGGUGGCCGGAAGACGGCGAGGCAGAGAAAAAAACAUUGCCAGAGCGCAAGCCCUAGAACGCCUGAAAGCACGGCGCAGCGGCGAAGGCCGCCCUUCUUACGAUAUCAAGAUGGAUGCUCCCAUCUACGACACUGUCGACGAAGACGAGUACCAAACAAUUGUCACUAAACGCCGUGAAGAGUUCAGUGAUUUUGUUGUUGGGGAUGCAGGUGACGGAUAUAUCGACGAUGGCGAGGAAGAGGAUUGGACUAAGGCUGGAGUUUCUUUUUCUUCCGAUGAGGAGUUCGAUGGCGAAGAUGGAGAGAAAUCGAAGCGUAAGAAGAAGGAGAAGGUGGAUAAGGAGAAGAAGCCUUCUGCUACAACUAAGGCUCUCUCUGCUGCUGCUGCUUCGAUGGGCAAACAACGGAUUUCUUCCAUGUUUACGACAUCGGUGUUCAAGAAGAGGGAUGAGGAGAAAGGGAAAGGGUUGUCGUGUGAUAGUGUUGUUGAUGAUGUGAUUGCUGAGUUUGCACCUGAUGAUGAGGAUAGAGAGCGUCGGAGAAGACGGCAAUCGAAGAAUUUAGGGUUAGGGUUAGGGUUAGGGUUAGGCGUGAAUGGGAUUAAUAAAAUGAAGGUUGAGAAGCCAGUUGUUAGUGAAUUUUCGAGGAAGGUUGAAGAUGAUUAUAGACCUCUAUCAUCAGAUUUUGCCCCAGUAAUUAGGGUAACUGAUGAAAAGGUAGUUGCAGAGGAGGAGAAUUUGGAUGAUUUAAGUUUAAUUGAGGGUGACAUUAUAGGUGGAGAUGAACAGGGUGAGAAAUUGGCGAAUGCAAUUGAAGGUAAGAUUGAGCCAGCUUUGAAGGAGGAGGCUCAGAAGGAAUUUACAUUCAACGCGAAGAUUAAGGAAGAAAAUAUUAAGUCUUUUAGUGCAGCUACUGAGUGGCAGGCAAUCAACAAUGCAGGGGAAGGAAGCGGUGCUGGGGGUAAGCCGGUUGAGACGAGUUUGGGUUCGGAUGAGAAGCCGGAGUUUGUUUUGGAGACUGAUGGAUCAUUGCCUUUCUAUAUACUUGAUGCCUAUGAAGAGAUGUAUAGUGCUAAUGCUGGCACAAUCUAUCUAUUUGGUAAAGUCAAAGCAGGAAAUGCAUAUCAUAGUUGCUGCAUUGUUGUGAAGAAUAUGCAGAGGUGUUUGUAUGCUAUACCAAGUAGUUCUGUUUUUCAUAACGAGGUAGUCUUGAAGCUGGAGAAGGACUUAGCUGAUAAGAAGAUUUCAGCUGCAGAAUUUCGCAACAAGCUUCAUGAAGUUGCAUCAGGAUUGAAAACUGAAAUGGCAAGACAGUUGGUAAACCUCAAUGUUUCAGCGUUUAGCAUGGCACCUGUUAAGAGGAAUUAUGCAUUUGAGCGCGUUGACAUACCUCACGGGGAGAACUAUGUGCUUAAGAUCAAUUAUCCAUUCAAGGACCCUCCACUCCAACCAGAUCUAAAGGGAGAUACCUUCUGUGCAGUGUUAGGGACUCACUCAAGUGCCCUGGAACUCUUUCUGGUCAAGAGGAACAUAAAAGGACCAUCUUGGUUGUCAAUAUCUAAAUUCUCUAGUUGCCCUUCGCAUCUACGGGUGAGCUGGUGCAAAUUUGAGAUAACGGUGGACUGUUCAAAGGACAUCCAAGUGUCGACCUCUACCAAGAAUACUGCUGAGAUUCCCCCAAUCAUUGUUACAGCAAUCAAUUUGAAAACAAUUAUCAAUGAGAAACAGAAUAUCAACGAAAUUGUUUCAGCGUCCAUUAUCUCCUGUAGUAAAGCAAAGAUUGACACUCCAAUGCUGGCUUCAGAGUGGAAGAGACCCGGUGUGCUUAAUCAUUUUACUAUUGUAAGGAAGCUUGAUGUAUGGCCAGUGAAAUUCCAAACAAAAGUUGAGGAAAAAAAUACAAAGGCCGGAAGCACCAUACUUCAUUUUGAGACAAGCGAAAGAGCUCUGCUGACCCGUCUGCUGACAGAGAUGUUCAAGUUGGACAGUGAUGUUCUUGUGGGCCAUAAUAUUUCUGGAUUUGAUCUAGAUGUUCUCCUUCAUAGAGCUCAGUCAUGCAAAGUACCAAGCACCACAUGGUCUAAAGUAGGUCGUCUCAAAAGAACUACAAUGCCAAAGCUGACAAAGGGAAGCACCGUUUUUGGAUCAGGAGCAAGUCCAGGAAUAAUGACUUGUAUUGCUGGCCGCCUCUUGUGUGACACAUUUUUGUGCUCCCGAGACCUCUUAAAGGAGGUGAGCUAUUCAUUGACAGAACUAGCAAAGACUCAGCUGAACAAAGACCGGAAGGAGAUUGCUCCAAAAGAUAUUUCCAGCAUGUACCAAAGAACUGAAUCUCUUAUGGAUCUUAUUGAAUGCAACGAGACAGAUGCAUGGCUGUCUAUGGAACUGAUGUUCCACUUAAGCAUUCUUCCACUUACACGUCAACUGACUAAUAUCAGCGGCAACCUUUGGGGAAAGACUCUACAAGGAGCUAGAGCGCAACGGGUAGAAUAUCUUCUGUUGCAUGCAUUUCAUGCAAAGAAGUAUAUUGUUCCUGACAAACAUUCAUCACGUGGAAAGGAAAAUAAAUUGACAAAGCGCAAAAUAGAAAAUGCCGUUGACAUAGAUUUGGAUAACUUAAACAAUGUGAAUGAGGUUCAGCACGAAGAUCAUGGGAAGGGCAAGAAAGGUCCUGCCUAUGCAGGUGGAUUGGUUUUAGAUCCCAAAAGAGGUUUAUAUGACAAAUACGUGCUACUUUUGGACUUCAACAGUCUUUAUCCUUCUAUCAUUCAGGAGUACAAUAUAUGUUUUACAACAGUUGAGAGAUUUCCUGAUGUAUCAGUUCCACGAAUACCAUCUUGUGAGAAAACAGGAUUGCUACCUGAGUUGCUUAAGAAUUUGGUUGAGAGGAGGAGAAUGGUGAAGUCUUGGCUAAAGACAGCAUCAGGUCUCAAGGCCCAACAGUUUGACAUACAGCAGCAAGCACUUAAGCUCACAGCAAACAGUAUGUAUGGAUGCCUGGGUUUUUCCAACUCAAGAUUUUAUGCGAAGCCCCUUGCAGAACUUAUAACUCUGCAGGGAAGAGAGAUUUUGCAAAGUACUGUUGACCUUGUGCAGAACAUGCUGAACUUAGAGGUUAUUUAUGGUGAUACAGAUUCAAUCAUGAUAUAUACUGGGCUUGAUGAUAUAGCAAAGGCCAAAGCCAUUGCUGGAAAAGUCAUCCAAGAGGUUAAUAAAAAAUACAGGUGUUUGGAAAUUGAUCUGGAUGGGUUGUACAAGAGGAUGCUGCUCCUCAAGAAGAAAAAGUAUGCAGCUGUCAAAUUACAAUUUAGGGAUGGAGCGACAUAUGAGGUAAUUGAACGGAAGGGCCUCGAUAUGGUACGUCGUGAUUGGAGCUUGUUAUCAAAACAAGUUGGGGACUUUUGCCUGAGUCAGAUACUUUCCGGGGGAUCCUGUGAGGAUGUUGUGGAGUCGAUACAUAGUUAUCUUAUGAAGGUGGCAGAAGAGAUGAGGAAAGGAGAAGUACCUCUAAAAAAAUAUGAAAUCACAAAGUCAUUGACAAAACCACCUGAAGCUUAUCCCGAUGCCAAAAAUCAACCACAUGUUCAGGUGGCAUUGAGAUUGAAACAAAAGGGUUUAUCUUCGGGUUGUUCUGCAGGGGAUACAGUUCCAUAUAUUAUAUGCUGUGAGCAGGAGACUACAGGGACUUCAAGUGGUAUUGCCCAGCGAGCUAGACAUCCUAGUGAAUUGAAUACAGACAACUCGACAUGGAUGAUUGAUAUCAACUAUUACUUAUCUCAACAGAUUCAUCCUGUAGUGUCACGUUUAUGUGCAUCCAUCCAGGGUACAGACCCUGCGCGUCUGGCUGACUGUCUGGGCCUUGAUUCAUCUAAGUUUCAAAGUAAAUCUAAUCAGAUCACCAGCAAUGAUCCUUCGAGCUCAUUAUUGUCUUCUGUUGAUGACGGGGACAGAUAUCAAGGAUGUGAACCUUUGAUGUUGUCUUGCCCUAGCUGCUCUUGCACUUUUGACUGCCCAAUCAUCUAUAAUUCCCUAUGUAAAUCAGUCGCAGAGAAGCCUAAUAAAGCUCAGCCAGAGGAAUCCACCGUCAAAAUCAGCCAUGGUUUGCGUUGCCCAAAGUGUCCAGAGGAAGGGAAUGUUGGUCGAUUAUCUCCUGUGAUGAUUGCCAAUCAGGUUAAGAGACAAGCAGAUGGUUUCAUCUCAACGUAUUACAGGGGGCUAAUGACGUGUGAUGAUGAAACUUGCAAGUAUACUACUCGUAGCUUAAAUUUGCGGGUAAUAGGUGAUUGUGAGAGGGGAACUGUCUGUCCAAACUACCCUCGAUGUAAUGGUCGUCUUGUAAGAAAGUAUUUAGAGGUUGAUCUAUACAAGCAGCUGACGUAUUUCUGCCACAUACUGGAUACUGUUCGUUGCAUUCAGAAGGUAGAUGAUGCUGUAAGAUUACCCCUUGAAAAGGAGCUUAUUAGACUCCGGCCUAUGGUUGAAUUAGCGGCUAAUGUCGCUCAGAAGUUGCGAGAUCGUUGUGCUUAUGGAUGGGUUCAACUAAGUGACCUCUUUGCCACUCUUUGAAGUUACAGGCUAAAAUGGGUGUUCUUUUAAUCAAAAUCUAGCAGUCGUUUGUAAUUAUUUUUAGGCUAUUCAUAUUUUAGAAAUCAUAGCUUCUUUAAAACAGAAGAACAUUUGGGAAUUGGGAUCCUUAAGCAUCUCAUUUACUAAUAGAUCUUCUCAUAGUGCUGUUAGAUGGCUACACUUGUUCUCUUUGCCUAAAAAAUAUACAAGUAUCUAUUAUAAAAAAUAACAGUUUUAUUAAUUUACUAAAGUUGUAUUAAUCAGCUUCAACUAAUAUAUUUAGCAUUAAAAUUAUUGAGCGA